AUGGCCAGCACCGACCCAGCCUUCGCCUGCGUCAUCCCGAACACGCCGGCCUUCGUUGUGUGCGGCCUGCGCCACGUGGAGGAUAGCUUCACGCCGCGCAUGUUCCACGUCAAGGGGAAGCGGAGGGCGGUCAUCAGCCAGACGCCAGAGGUAUCCUGGAAGCACGUCAACGACGGUGACGUGUUCGUGAUCGACGCAGAGCGCUUCGUCUUCGUCUGGUGCGGCCGCACGGCCAACGGGCUGGAGAAGAUCCAGGCGGCGUAUCUGGCGCAGUCGCUGGCGCGGCGCGGGCGGGCUCGUCGCGUCGUGAUCGUCGCCAGCGGCGAGGAGCGAUCCCUGACGGGCGACGAGCGCGUGGCGCUCGACGCGCUCCUGCCUCUGACGGAGAGGGUGAUCCGCGAGACCGAUGAGGCGCUCCUGGGCAGCGCGCCGCAGCGGCGCCCUGCGGAGGAGGUCUCUCUCUGGCUCUGCACGGAGGACGGCGGUCAGGUCAGCCUGCAGCUGGAGAAGACCGGCGGGCUGGUGCAGGGCGACCUCUCGCCCGAUCACGUCUACGUCGUCGACGCCGGCAGCGUCGUCUGGCUCUGGGUGAGCCGGCGCGCCGUCAAGGAGCAGCGAGCGGAGGACCUGCGCCCCGCCGAGGCCUACCUCGCGCAGACGGACCGGUCGGCCGACGUUCCCCUCUGCCGCGUCGUCGACGGCUCCGAGCCGGCCGAGUUCAGGAGCCUGUUCGCCGCGUGGGUCGACGACGACGACCUGGUGUCGCCGGGCCGUGUCAUUAAGCCGGUGCUCACCAAGUUUGACGCGGCCAUGCUGCACAACAACAGUGCGCUGGCCGCGCGGACGCAGAUGGUUGACGACGGCUCGGGCUACAAGGACGUCUGGCGAGUGGAGGGGAGCGAGCUGGCGCCACUGCCGGUGCGGGACCACGGCACCUUCCUCUCCAGCGACUGCUACGUCGUGCAGUACUGCUACCGCGUGGCCGGCCGGGAGCGCUACAUCGUCUACUACUGGCUGGGGACGGCGAGCGACGAGGAGGCGCGCGCUGUAGCGUCCCAGAAGGCUGCUGAGCUGGACGGCAAGGUGGGUGGCAGGGCCGUGCUGGUGCGCAUCGUCCAGAGCAGGGAGCCGCCCCACUUCGUCGCCAUGUUCGGCGGCGUCAUCGUCGUUCGCGAUGGCGGCGCUGCCGCUGCCGCUGGCGACGCGGAAGCCUAUGGCGAAGCGAGGAGCGCGACCGAAGCGGACGACCGGGCUCUCGGAGACGCAUACCUGCUGCAGAUCGCCAGCGUCGGCCCCCACGGCGCGAGGGCGUGCGAAGUGCCGCGCUGCGCGGCGUCGCUUCACUCCAACGACGCCUUCGUCCUGUCCACGUCCGCCUGCGUGUUCGCGUGGUGCGGACGCGGCUCCGGCGAGCAGGAGCGCGAGGCGGCGCGCGCCGUCGCCCAUCAGCUCGACCCUCACCCCGUCGUCGUCGACGAGGCCGAAGAGCCGGCGCCGUUCUGGGAGGCGCUGGGUGGGCGCGGCGAGUACAGCCACGAGCCGCGCGCCGCGAGCCGACCGCGGAUGCCGCCGCGUCUCUUCCACUGCUCGAGCCCGCUGGGCCGCUUCCGCGUCGAGGAGGUGGUCGACUUCGACCAGGCCGACCUCGGCGAGGAUGACGUCAUGCUGCUGGACACGUGGGAUGCCGUGUUCGUGUGGCUCAGCGUGCGCGCCAACCGCGCCGAGCGCCGCCGCAGCGAGACGGUGGCGCUGGAAUACCUCCGGUCCGACCCGGCCGGCCGUGGCACGGACACGCCCGUGUACCGGGUGCACCAGCAGGCCGAGCCGCCCAUCUUCACCGGCUGCUUCGCCGAAUGGGACGCCGACUUCUGGGCUGCGCAGCCGACCUGGCCGGCCGACGCCGGCGAGAGCUUGCCGGUGUUCCCGCUAGAGGCGCUGCGCGCGCGCCGGCCGCCCGAGGGUGUUAAUCCGGCGCGACGCGAGGAGUAUUUGGCGCCGGAAGACUUCAAGGACGCGUUCGGCAUGACGCGGGAGGAGUUCCAACGUCUGCCGGCGUGGAAGAAGGCGCAGAAGAAGCGAGAGGCCUCCUUGUUUUAG